AUGUUGACAAUUCCGGAUGAUGUGAAGCAACGAUUGGCUUCGGCCAGAAGUAAUGUAUCCCUUCUUCAUGUAAGACGUUGGGACAUGGCUCGGACAGAACUAUUACGUUCUGAAUUAGAUGAAUUGAACCAGAAAUUGAUCGAGUUAGUCGGAGAAGAAGAAAUUCCCGAAGAGGAAUUAAAAAAGAUGGGCGACUACAACAAGAAAUUAGAUUUGUACAUGGAACAUCUGAAAAAGAUGAGAAUUGUUGUAGUUCGAAAUCAGUCCAACGUUCAGGACGAUUCUGGUGAUCAUCUACGUACCUCAACCCCGUUCAAUUCAAUAGUUAACAAUUUUGCGGAUACAUCAUCAUUGAAUAGAUGUCGACCAGUUAAGAUGGAUCAGUUACCGACUUUCGAUGGUAAAUUCGCAUUUUGGAAUGCAUAUAAAAUCAUGAUCGAGAAGUUAUUGAUCAACAAUACAUCGCUUUCAGAGGAUUUAAAGAAAUCAAUGUUGUUGAAAACCAUGAAAAAGGAUCCAGAGAAAUUUGUGACAAAUUUGAUCGGUCAACGAUUAUCAUUAGCCGAGAUCUGGUCGAGAGUUUGCGUCAAAUUUGAUGAUCCCCAACGGGCGAUAUUGGAAAUCAAGAAAGAUCUAGAAUCUAUCCCAAGAAUCGAAUCAGAAAAUGAUGUUCAUGAUUUGAAAAAGACAAAAGAUAUAGUAGAAAACGCCAAUUUGGCAAUCAAAAAUUUGGUUUCAGACGUAAUGUUCUACACGAUCAAUUUGAUUCAGGCAGUAGCCACCAGAUUCUACUAUAAAGCUCAACGUCAUAUGCUGGCGAAGAUAAAAGAUUUUGAUCAAUUAGUCAACUAUAUCGAUAAGCUAUACGAUGAAGCUCUUUGUUAUGAUUACAAUAAGAUUCGUAAAGAUAGUCCAUUGAAGAAACAAGAGCCACCGAUGAUAUCGAAUAGCACAGCCGCUAUCACGACUAAUUGUUAUAUUUGUGAAAAGUUUCAUCAAAAUAAUUUUGAAUGUUUGAAAAAUUAUGAUGUCAAAACAGUAGCAAAUCUAAUCAAAUCAAAAGGAUUGUGCUUCAGAUGUUUGAAAAGAGGACAUUUAAGUAAAAAUUGUCAAAUGUCAUCGAAACUUAAAUGUGAUAAAUGUCCACGUCUUCAUGCUACCGAAAUGCAUGAAGUGAUUAUUGAAUUGUUUCAAACGAAACCCAAAGUGAUCGACGAAUCUAGUCCAGCCACGGAAGAAUCAAUGAUCGGUAAUGCAGCAGCGAUAUCAGUAGUUGAUCAAUCGAAAAAUGGUUUUGAGAUCAAAAAGAAUUCUAAGUCAGAAAGUCGACCGUUAUUGUAUGGGUCAUGUAAUGGAAUUCAGAGUCGUAUGCUGUUUGAUUAUGGUUCGGAUGUUUCGUUGAUCGAUAAAGAAUUGGUAAAAGACAAGUCAAAUGAUUCUGACAAAAAUUGUACCGUCUAUUCGUCGUCACCACUAGUAGGAAAAGAAGCAAGUCGACGAAAAGUAUCGCUGGAAAGACAUAAAGCUAAUUUAUGUAAUGUAAAUAUUUGUACCAGACCAAUCAUCGAUUUGUCAGAAAAUGAAAGUGAUAUUUAUGAACCAAUUAUUGAUCUUUUGAAUCGUCAAGAUAAUGGAGAUAUUGAUGAACCAAUUAUUGAUCUUUUGAAUCGUCAAGAUAAUGGAGAUAUUGAUGAACUAAUUAUUGAAGAUGACAAAAUUAUUGAUCAUUCUAGAAAUGAAUUAUUUUUGAAAUCUGAUCAUGAAUUAUUGAAUUUUGAAAUUGAAAAUGAUUUGAACGUUAACGACGAAGACGUUGACGAUGAUUUGAAAAUUGUACGAAAAGAGAAUGGACGAUAUGAGGCUCGAUUGCCUUUUCUUUCAGAUAUUCGUCCAGCCAAUGAUUUUGAUAAGGCUCUUAUUGUAUGGAAUAAAUCGUUCAAACAAUCAGAAAAUAAGAGCAUGAAAAACGAAUAUGAAAAACAAUUAUUGGCUUAUGUUGAUAGCGAUCAAACAAUGGUAAUGGAUGAUCCAAACGGCUAUUUGUUGCCGUACCAUCCGAUUUAUCGAGAAUCCGCGUCCGCACCGUUGUGUAUUGUUUUCAACGGAUCGUUUGGAUUUGACGUUUCGAAUCAGUUGCUAUGGAAAGGCCAUGCACACGGUCUUAACAUUUUUGAUCAUCUCAUGAAAUUCCGCAAAGGAAAAUUCGCCGUAUCGGCCGAUCUGUCAAAGGCGUUUCUGCAAAUGAAAGUUUCAACAUUCGGGUUAGUGUCUUCACCCGUGAUAUUGACAUCGGUCACUAAAAAAUUAUUGUGUGAGCAAAAUUUUGGAACUAUUGCUAAAUCCCAGAUCAAACAGCAUCAUGAAAUGUUAUUGCAUGAUGGUAUUGAAACUACCGUUCCUAAUUUGUAUCAUAUUGAAAAGAAAUCUGUUUAUUAUUGUAAAUUUUGUCAAAUUGAAAAGCGAAAACCUGUCGAUCAACCAUUUACUCAAUUACCAUCAACCCGAACAAGUUUUGUUGCUCUUUUUGAAGCUGUAUGUAUUGUUUUAUUUGAUCUAUUGCGAUAUCGGAACAGAAAAAAGUUUUUUGGUUUGUUGGCCACCGGUUUUGUUUCUCGUAAUCAUGAUCUCUUGAUGAAAAUUGAAAAACUAUGGAAGCAAAAAUAUUUCGAUUCAUUGAUUCAACGUAGACGUUGUGAUUGGCCAUUGAAAUUCAAAUUCUUUGAAAUCUUCUACGAUCGGUUACGGACAUAUCCUUUUUGGAAUCGGCGGGGGAGUGUCGUGAAGUGGGUCGUCCUCGAUGAACGGGCCAAGCAAUUGGCGCAAAUUCUACUGAAAAAGAGUGAGCGAGCCAGUAUUAGCAAGAAAAUUGUACAUGUGUUUUGUUGUCAAAAUUUUUGUAUUUAUUGUUUAGUUUUUGCUUUUUGAAUUGUAUUAAGAUACAAUCAUUUAAUAAACUACGUUUAUUUAACUAAGAAA